GCCAGGGGACCAGAACUCAUGUGAAACACAGAGGAAUUAAAAGAUAAAGGAAAGAAAAAGGGACAAGAGGCAGACUGGACGGCCCCACACUGGACUUCAGUAUGGGUGUAAAGAGCAAGGCUGCUGCAGCUAUCCUUAUCCUGCUGCUGUUCCUUGGCUCGCUGUGGCUACAGGGGGGGUUGGAUUACCACUGGGAUUCUUGUGUAAAAGGUUACAAUCAGUUAAAUAAGCUUCACCAGCUGUCCAACAGCAGUGUGGGCGAUGGAGCUGAGAGCCAGCUUGAGCUGUGCCCCGGUCAGACCUUCCAGGUGUCACUUCUGCUCUCCCACCUGCUGGAUGCCCCAACUCACAACUCUGACGUGCUGCUGCAGCCAUAUCUGUCCAGCUGGGACGAGCUUGUCAAGUUCAUGGACUCUCUGGGGCCAAUGGUGGGACUGAUAUCUAAAGAGAUAGAAAGUAAGACUUCUAUAAUUCGCCAACUGGCCCUGACGGCAGAGGGGAACCCUGAAGCGGAGGUAGGCCCGGAUCUACAUUCCAUAAACUCUGUAAACUCACAGGGUGGUGGGACAAAGAAUAAGGCGUCGGUGCACACCAGUGGUUAUCACUCUGUGCGCUCUAUGAUCUUGAUGGAGCUGAAUCAAGGCCUGGUGAGUUUCCACCACCAGACAGACUCUGGAUGCCGGACUCUACUGCGCCUGCAUCGCGCUCUGCUUUGGCUGAAGCUCUUCCUGGAGAAGCUGGCUGAGACACCAGUGGAGGGACGGCUCAGGAGUCCCUCUGACCUGUGUCGUGAGGCCUACAAGAGCACCCUCGCUCAACACCAUACAUGGUACAUCCGCAAGGCCGCUGAGCUGGCCUUCAUUGCCCUACCAGAGCGGGGCUUCUUUUUCAGGCUGGUGUGCGUGCAGAACCAGGAGGAGCUGAGCAAAGUGCUGCACAGGGUGUCUCGGGCCAUCGGAGAGGUUUAUGACCGGACACAGAAAGCUCUGGAGGAACAUGGCAUGCUGGACUUGCCAUAAAAAUGAGGUAAUCAGACUUCUUUGGGUUGUGCUCCUGCUCUGUAUCCUUGGCGUCAUAUAUUGGAUUUAGAUACAAAUAAGAUGCAAGCUUUUCUACGACACAAGAAUUGACUUGUUUUUCAUCCAGAACUCAGCUUUUUUUUUCUACGGACCAAAGUGCUGUGUCAACAAUCAACAUAUGACAUUCAGCUUUACUUUGAUGUUUCUCAUCAGAUUUUAUGGGCUACUAUCUCAAACUUUGUUGCUGAUGAUGAUGGUUUAGACUGUGCAUUAUUUAGGCAGGUGGGCACAGUUACAAAAAUAUAAUCGAUUUUUUUUAGUACCGCAUGUGUAACUGAAAUUGAAAAUUGGUAAUUGCUAUAUUAAAAAGAACUGCUCUUUUGCAGUGUUAUUCCUCUGGUAAAUUACCUCGUAACUAUCGUGUUGGUCUGAAACCGCCACACGACCAAAUGGAUUAGAAAGUUACUGCUUCACAGUGAUGCUGUGUGUAGAGUAUGAAUUUGUUAUUUUUACAUCUAUGUGAAUUUUUUUUGUAUCAUGUUAAUGAUUAAUUAAAAAAAG